AAGUAAACAACUGAACCCUCCACCAAUCAGAGCCACCCGCUACGGCUGACCAAUCCGAGCAAGCCUCGGGGACGACCAAUCAGCGUCCCGCUGCCCGCAGCUCUCCACCUAUCACGACACCGAGGAGGCGGGCUCCCUCCUUCCCCCAACGCGAGGGCGCGGCGGCGUGACUGACAGCUCGGGCGCCCAAUGAGCGCCGCGCCAACAUGGCGGCGCCCGGCCCGUGACGGGACGGCGGCGGCGAUGUCGGGCCGCGGCGUGUGGCUGCGGGCGAGGGCGCGGCUGCGGCGCUUCCCGGCGCUGCUGGGGGACUGCGGGGAGCAGGCCGCCGCCUACGGGCGCUGCGUGGCCGCGGCCUCGGCGGGCGGCGGGGAGGUGCGGCGGGACGGCUGCCUGCGGGAGUUCCGGGCGCUGCGGGACUGCUUCGCCCGCGCGGCGGCGGCGGCGGCGAGAACGUAACGGCGGCGAGAGAGGUGACAAUCGCGACAUGACGAUAGUCACGACGCCGACACGACAUGACGAUAGUCACGACCCCGCCCAAGGCACGCCGAUUAAUUUAAAAAAAUAAAGAUUCGGGUAAAAAUG